AUGCCGCUGCUGCAAGGACUCCUGACCGGCAUGUAUAAGACGGCGGAGGAACUUCCGGCUGUCCAUGCGCGGUUCCGGCAGUUUCGCGGAGAUCGGGAAAGAGCGGGACAUGGCGAAGAAGGGGCAGAGGAGGAGAUGUUCGCUGCCGUUGACGGUAUUAGAAAAGUCGCCGAGGCGGAGGGAGUUCCCAUGAGUCGGCUUGCAAUCGCUUGGACCAUUGCAAAGCCCGGCAUCACCUGUGAGUUAGUUGGCACCCGCAAUGUAUCAGAACUUGAGGAGAAUCUACGCGUUGCGUCGCUUUCUCUCUCUCCUGAGCCUAUGGCAAAAUUGGAUGAACUGACAACGCCGCUGCUACAGAAGCUCGGUGCGAAAUGCGGAAUACUUCCUAGCGCGACGCACCCAUUAAUCCAACCCAAGUUGCUGGAUAGCCCGUAG